ACGAAAACUUCGAUUUUGGUUCUCUAUCUCUUCAAAGCUUUGAUUCGUUUUCUCAAGAGCUUCGAUCUACGAUAGUUUUUUGAUACGGAGAAGAUCGUGAAGGUCUGUUUGAUUGUUUCGUAUUUUGUGUGUUGUUAACUAUUAUAACAUCAGAUCUAUCUGAUUCUUCUGAGGAAGACGAUAGGUCAUGUUUUUGUUCGAUUGGUUCUAUGGAAUCUUGGCCUCGUUAGGUUUGUGGCAGAAGGAGGCUAAGAUCUUGUUUCUUGGCCUUGACAAUGCCGGCAAAACUACUUUGCUCCAUAUGCUCAAAGACGAGAGAUUAGUUCAGCACCAGCCAACACAACAUCCCACCUCUGAGGAACUCAGCAUUGGCAAAAUUAAGUUCAAGGCCUUUGACUUGGGUGGCCAUCAGAUUGCUCGUCGAGUUUGGAAAGACUACUAUGCCAAGGUUGAUGCUGUUGUGUACCUAGUGGAUGCUUAUGACAAGGAAAGAUUUGUGGAGUCUAAAAGAGAGCUGGACGCUCUUCUAUCAGAUGAAGCCUUGGCAACCGUGCCUUUUCUUAUUCUUGGCAACAAGAUUGAUAUCCCUUAUGCAGCCUCAGAAGACGAGCUGAGGUAUCACUUGGGUCUGACUAAUUUCACUACUGGUAAAGGCAAUGUGUCUCUUGAAAACUCUGGUGUUCGUCCCCUUGAGGUCUUCAUGUGCAGCAUCGUUCGCAAAAUGGGAUAUGGUGAGGGUUUUAAAUGGAUGUCUCAGUAUAUCAAGUAAAGCAGUAUUACCAGACAGCAUUGCUUCACGGUUUUAUAUAUAUAAAUCAGAGACAUCUCAAAUUUUUCUAAUUCAAAUCAAAGCAAACAAGCAAGAUUCAACUUUGAAAAUCAAAGAAAACACAACUUUCCAAUCUGCUUCGUCAAACAGAAGUUACAUGUUCGUUUGUUCGCUACCAGUUCAGAUUCUUGACUUUUAUAAUGUAUAAUAUCCUAUCAAAACGUUUUCUUCAUACAGAACUUACAUGUUUAUUCGCUACCAA